AAGCCGGGCCGAGCCCCGGCUCCGGGAAUCCCGGGGCUUUUCCGCGAUGCGCUCCCAGCUCCGCCUGCUCCUGGCGCUGCUGUGCGCGGCCCCCGCGGCCGCGGCGCCGCCCCCCUGGGAGCCGGCAUGGAGCGAUCCCAACCCCGGGAUGUGGGGGGACGAGCGGCCGCACUCCCGGCCCCGCUCCCGGCCGCAGGUGCCGGUGGAAGUGCAGUGCCAGGAGGCGCAGCUGGUGGUCACCGUGCACCGGGAUCUCUUCGGGAACGGCCGCCUGGUCAGCGCGGCCGAGCUCAGCCUGGGCCCCGCCGCCUGCCGCCAUUCCCGCCUGGAUCCAUCCCAGAAAACCGUCACCUUCAGCGCCGGCCUGCACGAGUGCGGCAGCACCGUCCAGGUCACUCCGGACUCCCUGAUUUACCGGACGCUGCUGAGCUACGAUCCCAGCCCCGGCAGCAACCCGGCCAUCGUGCGCAGCGAGCCGGCCGUCAUUCCCAUCGAGUGCCACUACCCCAGGCGGGAUAACGUCUCCAGUGUCCC